AUGCCGUUUUUUGCAUCUCGCUUUUAUUCGCCUUUUCUUGAGAGAAGGCUUUUCAUCAGAUCAGAAAAAAACUCCACUUAAAAGCAUUUGAAAGCCAUGUGACGGUCUAUCAAAGGCUGCCUGUCAAUUUGCGGGCACAAGGCAUGUUGUUGCAUGUUUCAUGAAGUAUUAGCAAAUCCUUAUGUCGACAUUUUGUAUUUUUAUUCCUCGCUUUCCGUUUGCCUUGUGUACUUUCCUAUCUCAAGGAAUCUUAUAUAUAACUUUGUUUUAAUAUGGAAGAAAUUCCAGUGGAGUAUAAUAUCAUUAUCGAAGCAUUGAAUUCCGCUAUUCAAAACCAACAGCAGUCGGAAGAAAGAGGAAAUGUGAACAAUUUUGAAUUUGUAGUUAUAAAUGGCGAAGAGCAAAAUGAAGGUUCGGUGGUUUCUAGUGAAGAAAGAGUUCAAUCUACUGUUGCUGGACAAACAGAGAAUAAUCACAUCACCAUUGAGUCCAUUCCUUGUGAGAAUUCCGAACCUACUCCUGAUGUGCUGGUGACUAGUGCUAAUAAUGUUGGAACAGUUCAAGUAGGACAAGCAAUUCUUUCGAAGGAGAAAAAUGCUGCAAGUUUAACAAAUCAUGAAAAAACACUUCAAUUGAGUGAGGAUCAUGGUAGUGGAUGUGCUCAACCAAGAUUCAAUGACCUGGAAACCUUAUUGGCUCAUGAAAUCACUCACUCAGGCGAGAAAGGCAUGCAUAAUAAUGAGGAAUUUCAAAGCAUGGAAGGCAUGAGUAUUGAAGCAACUGUACAUUGUGAUAAAAGUAGCUUGGAUAUCUCAACAACAGUUAUCAGCGGUAGUGUGGGCAAAGCCUUGAAGUGUCAAGUUUGCGGGGAAGAGUUUGAGAAACAGACAAAACUAAAGAAACAUUUAAAGUCACAUGGUGUUAAUUUGAUAAAAUAUCAGUGCGAUGUCUGUGAGAAAUUCUUUAAUGUGGAAAGUGCUCUUAUUGUUCACAAGAGAAAACAUACCGGAGAAAAACCACACACUUGCGAUCAAUGUGGCAGGAUGUUCUCACAAAUUGGAAACUUAAAUCGUCAUAAAAUAACUCACACAGACUAUAAACCAUAUCAAUGUGAGACCUGUGAGAAACGUUUUAAUCGACUUGAUCUUUUGAAAGCUCACAAGAAAAUCCAUGCAAUGAGAGAGAAUGGUUUUCCUUGUAAUUUUUGUACAGAGGUAUUUUCCCUCAUGCAGGAUUUAAAAUCCCAUAAAAAGUCAGCACAUCCCGUUCUUCGCUGCAAAUCCUGCAAGUCAAAAUUCUAUGAUCCAGUUCAGUUUGAGAAACAUAUGAAAGCUCAUCGCCGAGACCAUCCAUACAAAUGUAACAUAUGUGAAAUGUGUUAUGCUGACGCAGCUAGUCUUGUUAGUCACAUCGAGGCUCAUGUAAAAAAAGAACUUGUAUGUGAAAUCUGUGGUAAAGUAUUUGAUAAGUUAGGCUCCAUGAAGCAACAUAUGAGGAAACAUACAGGGGAAAGACCGUUCGUUUGCGAUAUUUGUGGAAUGAGCUUCAGUCAAAUUGGCAAUAUGCGUCGUCAUAGAGACAAUCAUUCGGACGAGAGACCUCUUAAAUGUUCAUUUUGUCCAAAGACGUUCAAAAGAAAGGAUUUGAUGAAAACUCACGAAAAAGUUCAUUUGCCAAAAAAUUUACGUCAUAAAAAACUGGAUAAAUCUGAUUCUUCAGCCAGUAAGGUAAACAGUGUCUCUUGCUCAGAUAUCAAUGUAGUCACUAGCAAUUCAACUGGCCAGAAUCUUCCACCCUCUGAUGUGGAGGCAACAAGUGUAACAGCUCAAAGUACCCUAGCUCCAAUGCUGAUACAAACUGAAGAAAAUAACGAGCAGAAUAAUAUGAACUCAAGCAAUGAAGAAUGCCAACCGAUGAUUGAAGGUACAAAUUCUUCGAGUUGUGUCGGUGGAGAAAAUCCAAUUUUUGUCGUGCUUGAAGGUGGUAAUGGGAAUCAUCAAGCAAGUCUAAGUGAAGUUGUUAGUAUUGAGGAAAAGGAAAAUACUCAAUCUCAGGAAGAUCUGAUGAUUGUAGGAAACAACAAUCAUGCUCAUAAUGAACAAAGAAGUCAAGAUUUUCAUAUACAAAUUCACCAUUCAAAUAACGGAGAAAACUGUCACAGUACAGAUGCAUUGACUGAACAUAUAAGAAUACACGAAGGUUCAGCAAGUCUGUCUUCAAACACCAAUCCAAGGAACUGUACUUCUAAAACAACUGUUUUGAAAAAGCAACAUGUUUGUGAUGUUUGUAACAGACAAUUUCAACAACAGAGUGCUUUAAUAAUUCAUAAAAGAACCCAUACAGGCGAAAGACCGUACGCUUGCGAUCAAUGUGAUUUAAAGUUUGCUCAACGUGGAAAUUUGAUUCGUCAUCAACGUAAACAUACAGGAGUGAAACCGUUCAAAUGUCAGAAAUGCGAUAAAUGUUUUCAUCGAAAAGAUUUUUUGAAACUCCACGAACUUAAAUGUUCUGCUGUUUUACAAUCAUAAUGAAGUAAUUAUUUGUGUUACAAUUUUUAAUAUAACACUUGCUUUCGUGGAAUGUUUGUAAUAAUUCUUAAUCCUUGCUAAGGACUGUGUAAUAGAUUGACUUCAAUUUUUUUUUAAAAAAAUUAAAAAUAUUGGUAUUGGCAGU